AUGGACAAUUCUGAUCUCACGCCUCCGCCGAGACCGCGUUCUCCCACUGGGAAUCGAUCGCAGUCGUCACUCUCCCAGGGUUCACUGCGGAGCGAAUCGAGCCUUUCCACUGCGUCCAACGAAUCCAGAGAAAUCAUCGCGCAGUCUGCCAAUAAAAGGUCCCCUUAUCUACAACAGCAACCAGCUGCUCGACCCGCGACUGCAGGCGGACUGACACCCAGUCAAAGCUCGAUAACACUUCAGGGUAUACCACGCCACGCUGCUCAAGCACGAGGCUCCGUCGAUGGCACUUACAGAAUGGCUUCGCCAGGAAUGGCAGGCCAACAAUUUGGUCACCGGGCACGGCAACAUAGCCAAGGGUUUUUUGAACCUUCUUUGCCGCAUGCUACUGCAAACAACAAUGGCUUGAGCGCAUCGCAAAUCGCUGCUCAGGCGGCGAUGCAUCAUAUAUCGCCACCUCCGUCACAAGUAGGCCAAGAACGCAAACGCUCAUAUCCUGGUCUCGCACCGAUCAAUACUGCAGGACAUCCUGGGAGCAGACGGCCAAGUGAUCAUCAUAGUCCUCAAUUGUCCACCACUACUGGGCUUUCGUAUAGUAACGGUACUGUAGGAGGCAACAGACUAGCUGCGACAACGGCAGCCAAUGUCGCAUUCCCUAAUGGCAGAAGUCCUCUGCCAUCGCCGGGUGUGCCGCCUCCGCCAGUACCAUCCUCCUUCGCACUGGGACCACCACCCGAUAAAGAGCCAAAGAGCAAAAGCUCAAAGAUGAAGCUCUUCAAGCCAAAGAACAUUGCGCUGUCCAAGGAUAAGGAGAGCAAAGCACCACCAGCAUUUCCCUCUCCCGGGAAGACGCCUUCGACUUCCCACUUUCUGCGUCCUGGCUUUGCGAACGCUUCAACCACUAGUCUGGUGGACCCUAUUUCUGCGGCCAGCUCUAUCUACUCUUCAGCGAAUGCUUCCACAUCGACACUGGUCCCGGCCAUAUCGGAGAAAGAUAAGGAGAAACGGCAUCACUUCUUGUCACGACAAAAGAACAAGCUUCGUGACGAGCCGACACAAUUACCUCUGUCGUCAGCGCACUCCAAUUCGCAAGCCACAAACCCAGAUAAGCCGCAGCCACUGUACUCUUUCGCGCCGGACUCGCCUGGCCCUAGUACAUUCGCAAAGUCCAUGUCCGGCUUCGACCUCCGACAUGGCGGCAGAGCACUGAGAGAGAAGAAGAAGGAGGAAAAGGCUGCAGCUGCAGCAGCGAAUCUCAACUUGACCCAGAUCACUUCCAACACGUCUGGAGGAACAGCCGACCAAUAUUUAGGGCCUAGUAGCUACGACAACACGCUUACUGGACCACCCUCCGUAAACGCCAGUGUAUUCUCAUUCCCUUCGGAUACCACGCUACCGGUCACAGCCCAGGCAUUCAGCAACAUUGGCGCACAGAUGGGCCUGCCAGGCAUAGGUCCAGACGAUGCAUGGCCACUACUAAAAGCACGACUGCUCAAUCUGUUCUCGGGAGAGAACUUGCGAACCCCUAUCGAAGAUUUCAAUGCUUUGGUCAGUGUACACAUAAGGCGGUGUAUUCAACGACGCUCUCCAGUCGUCCUGGUUGAGGACGUCCGGGAGCUUCUACAGACUGGUUUCAGUUCCCUAGCUCAAACACUGCGAACGAUACCCGAUGAUAGGCUCGUCACAAAUUUGGUUGAGAUGUGGAUUGGCGUCUACGGCGCUAUACUUCCUUUCUUACAGGCUGUCUUUCUGCCCUUGGAGCUAGAAUUCAAAGGGAAAGGCACUCUCAUGACACCCCGAGAAGCGCAGGAGUUCUGGGGCGCAGUACCAGAGUCGCUAAAGCUCGACGAGCGACCAUCAUCAGCUGGUGGCUCGGGUCGGAUGGCCAAUCUCGCCGAUGAACUCGAGAUCAGGCGCAUCACUUUGAUCGCAUUCAGAGAUACCGUGAUCCUGCCCAAGCACGAGAGCCUCAUGAACAUCUUUAGCAGAUUAUCGCUUGACAACAUAAACGCAGGAGUUUCGCCCGAAGCUGGAACGAAGAGUCGAGAACAUGCUCGAAGUGAUCCUGCAACGACGGGUGCAGAACGACCAGGGACUGCCGGCAGUCUAAGUCCUCGCCUCAGCAGCUUCAAUUCACAAGGCUCGACACUUCUCGACGCCGCAAGUAAUUCUUCUGGAGGAGCCAUGAGCCUCGCUAGUCGGAGUCGGGCAACUUCAAACACAUCAGCUGGAAGCUUCGGGACAAGCAUGCCGCAUCUGAACUCACCGUUAGGUGGACCUGGGUCAUUUGGUGUCACCAGCCAGCCACAAGCAUCGCCUGUUCCACUGGCGGACCCUGCGAAGGUCACUGAGACUGUUGCCAGGAUGCUGCAGUGCCUGUAUGUCCUUGCGUCCUGCCGGACGGGCGAUGUGGCCCAAGGAAAUGUUGAGCGCUUGACAGGAGCGCUCAAGUACAAUUGGCUAGGCAGAGGCCGAACUGGCCGGGAUAGGAGAGGCUGGGUUGGUAUGAAAGCUGGGCAGAGGGUUGGGCUCGUAGGUGCAUGA